AUGGUGGAAGUCAACUAUGUGUCUCCCAACGGCAAACUUCUAAAAGAAAAUUAUGGCGUUGGCGGAGGUGACAAAAUAACAAAAUAUGUCGGCGUGAGCGAUGAGUCGAGCUUGGCGAAGUCAGCCGAAAACGAAUACAAAUUAUGGAACUACAGCGGAUAUGAGGGGAGUUUUACGGGAUGGCUGGUUCCAGUGGUAAAGGCAGGAGGAAGCGUACGCCUGCGGGAUAAGGAAAGGCCGGAAGGAGUUUACUACGUCACGGGCGUGGAAAUAGAGUUCGGUCAGAGCGGAGCGAAAAGAAAGGUCACGCUUGGUAGAAGACUGGGUUAG